AAAAAUUAAAAAUAUAAAAUUAAACUCAGAAAAAUUGGCAAAGUCGAAGAUGAUGAUUGAAUGUUUUACUAUUUGGCAGUGAACGGAAGAGAUAGAGAAGAGCAUGGGUCUCCGUGAAGAAGAUAACGGAGAGAGAGGCAUGUUUGAUUCUGAAGCGUGACGUCACUCAGAAACCGUGAAUCAAGGAUCUUUCUUCCACUCCUUUCUCUGAUUUUGACUUUCUCUCUCUAUAUAUAAGCUCUCCAGUGUGUGUAUCAUCAAUAUGUCUACGGCUUCUUGGAUUCAACAACCUCCUUUUAGAUACUUACCGGAUCGUGGUAAGCCAAGCUCUCGCAGAGCGCCGCAGUUUUUCUCUGGCGUUGUUUCAGCUUCUUCUUCUUCUUCUUCUUCGCCGUCGUCUUCUUCGUGCUCUUGUGGUUAUUCCGAGAUUUUGAAUUUUCAUUUCGGCUCAAGCAGAAGCUGGAACCAACUGGGACUCAGGGUUCAAGCAAUGAGUUCCACAGCCCAACGGAAUUUUUCCUUAUCCAAAGGCGACACUGAUGAUAAAAAUGAACCUGAUCAUCUUCUUGUUCUUGUACAUGGUAUUUUGGCCAGUCCCAGCGACUGGCUCUACGUAGAAGCUGAGCUGAAAAGACGCCUUGGAAGAAGAUUCUUGAUUUAUGCAAGUUCUUCCAAUACCUUCACUAAAACAUUUGGCGGGGUCGAUGGAGCUGGAAAACGACUAGCUGAAGAGGUUAGACAAGUUGUCCAAAAGAGCAAGAGCUUAAAGAAGAUUUCCUUCUUAGCCCACUCCCUCGGUGGCUUAUUUUCCCGACAUGCUGUUGCCGUUCUUUACUCAGCAGAAAUGUCACAAGCAAGUGAUGUUGGUGUCUCUAAAUCUGGCGAUUCACAUCUUCUGCGAGGUAGGAUUGCGGGGCUCGAACCGAUUAAUUUCAUCACUUUGGCAACACCUCAUCUUGGAGUGAGAGGCAGAAAGCAGCUGCCUUUUCUGUUGGGAGUUCCUAUUCUAGAGAAACUUGCUGCACCAAUAGCUCCGUUCUUUGUUGGUCGGACUGGUAGCCAGUUGUUCCUCACUGAUGGUAAAGCUGAUAAACCACCUCUUCUUUUGAGGAUGGCAUCUGAUGGUCAAGAUCUGAAAUUCUUAUCGGCGCUGGGGGCAUUUCGAAGCCGCAUUAUAUAUGCAAACGUGUCUUAUGACCACAUGGUUGGUUGGCGUACAUCUUCCAUAAGGAGAGAAACUGAACUUAUCAAGCCUCCACGCCGGUCUCUGGAUGGAUACAAGCAUGUUGUUGAUGUAGAAUACUGUCCACCUGUUUCAUCAGAUGGUGCCCAUUUCCCUCCAGAAGCUGCUAAAGCCAAGGAGGCCGCACAAAGCUCUCCUAGCCCUCAGAACACACUUGAGUAUCAUGAAAUUGUGGAAGAGGAAAUGAUCCGCGGUCUGCAGAGGUUAGGGUGGAAGAAAGUUGAUGUCAGCUUCCACUCCACCUUCUGGCCUUACUUAGCUCAUAACAACAUUCACGUGAAAAGCGAAAGACUUUACAAAGCAGGAGCUGGAGUUAUUGCGCAUGUUGCAGAUAGUAUAAAACAGCAAGAGUCUUCCACUUUUAUUACCGCCAGCUUAUAAACUUUUGGGAGAUCGGUGCAGAUCAAGAACGUUCGCAUCUUUGCUUUUCUUUUGUUGUUGGCGAAAUCAGAGGAAGUAUAUUCCAAUUCAUCUGUACAUGAUUUUCUUGUAAUAGCUUGCUGAUGAUACAACACUUGAAGAUGUUAUUAUAGAUACAGGUUUCUUAAAGAGAAAGUUAUAUGUUCAACCUCUA